UCAUAACUGAUGCUUAUCAAUACAAUGACUGCAUUGAUAAAACUGUAUCAGUUACAGUGACUGGUAAAUAGCAUUCAUGUUUAUCGAUAGUAAAGUGUACCAAUAUACUGUGAGAUGUAACUGCACUAAAUCUGUAAAAACAGCUUUUAUGUGAUGAAAUCGUCUUAAACAAAUCAAAAAAAUUAACAAAGCAAUGGAAUAAGUUCUCAAACUGUAAUUAUUAUCUUCUAGUCUUCGUUUACACUUUUACAAUUUACACCACUCACAGUUUGAUAUACUUUCAAACAAUUAACUUCCAGCAAAAUAUUGUGAGAAUUAAUAGAAAGGGCAUAAUAAUGUCGAAAUUUACUCGUUGUAUAAAGUGUUAUUCUUCAUGUCGAUGGAGAUUAUGUUAUGCCUGUACAGUUGCUUUUCUUCUGAUGCAAACAUUAAGAGUUGAUUUAAGUAUGGCAUUUGUUUGUAUGUUGAAAACUCCCAAUCGUACAACUGAGGAAAUUAAGUUUACUACAGUGAACCAGCAGUGUUCCGGUUUAGAUAAUCACUCACUAAACCAAAAUUAUGAAGGGGAAUUAGAAUGGAGCAGUACUCUACAAUCAAACAUAUUGGCUGGAUACUUCUACGGAUAUAUAGCAACUAAUAUUUUGGGUGGAAUUUUGGCAGACAAAUAUGGUGGGAAAAGAGUUCUAGGAGGUUCGCUUUUAUCAGCAUCGAUUUUGACCAUUCUUCACCCAAGUUUAUCUCGAAUUAGUGGUUACUUUACUCUUAUUCUAAGAAUAUUAACGGGUGCAGUAUCAGGACCGUUGUCUCCUGCGAUUUACUCUUUAUUUGGACGUUGGAUCCCUCCAGAUGAGAUAAGUUUAUUUGUUGCGAUUACAUAUGCUGGUCAAAUUCUUGGGAGUGUUGUAGGCCUUUCAAUAUCUGGUUACCUUUGUGUUUAUGGAUUUGACAAUGGAUGGGGUUCUAUAUUUUAUGUAUUUGGUGGAUCAUGGUUAGUAUUUAGCACUGUAUGGUUUUAUGUGGCUUAUGAUAAUCCAGAUGCCCAUCCCGCUAUCAGUGAAGAAGAAAGUUCUCACUUAAAGAGAACUGUAAUAAGUGAAAAGGUAGUUCAAAAAGUACCAUGGAAACGGCUGUUGCUUUCACCUGCUGUCUGGGCAAUCAACUUCGGUUUCUUCGCUUAUUCCUGGACGGAUUUAUGUUUCCAGAUGUUGCUGCCUCUAUAUAUGAAGGAAACUUUAAAAGUUAAAGCAGCAUCCAACGGUUUAAUGUCGUCUGCUCCUUCGAUUGGACAAAUCAUUGCUCUGCCGUUGUGUGGAAGAUUUGCAGAUUUUAUACGUUCAAAGAAAUACGUGUCAACUCAUUCAGUUCGAGUUUUAUUCCAGACCUUUUCUUUGGUUACAUCAGCUUGUCUGCUGAUAAGCGUAGGCUUUCUGACAUGUGAUCUAACCGUUCUGAUAACUAUCCUCUUGUUUCUCAGUGGUAUAACUCUAUCAUUUUCUAGUGGUGGUGUCAUCGUCAACAAUAUUGACUUCGCUCCAAGUUAUGCUGGUGUUAUAUAUGGAAUUGCUAACACCUUUUGCUCAAUGGCUGGUAGUAUUAGUUCCUUAUCUACAAAAGCUUUGACCCCAAACGGUACACAAGAAGAAUGGCAGAUCGUGUUUGCUCUGUGUGCUUCUAUAUGUUUAUGUGGUGCAAUACUAUUUGCAAUCUUAGUGAGAACAGAAAUCCAAGACUGGGAAAGGUCUGAAGGAUCCAGAGCAGCUGUUACUCCCAGAGAAAUGAAUAGAAUUACAACAGUUUAACUAAUGUAAUACAUAGAUAUAUAUGUGUGUG